AUGGAGAGGAAUGAUAAGAGUGCUCAAGGACCUUUAAGCCUAGAGAUUGAUGUUUCCAGAAAGGAAACAAACACAAGGAAUUUGAUAAAUAAUGUGCUGAGUAGUAAACAUGGUGGUGUAUUAAAUCAUGGAUUUGUGUUUCAAUUCAGAACUAGGAAUACAAAUUAUUCUGCAAACGAAUUCUACAUCAAAGAUAUCUCCAAGUUGAAUGUUUUGUCUUCUGAAGAAGAUCAAAAUGUUGAAAUAGUUACUUUAAAUUCAGGGAUUAGAGUUAAGUAUUUUUACAAAAUGCUUCAUUUCCAUAUGAAUAAUAAGAGCUGUUUUGAAAUAAGAGGAAUAGAACUUUGUAAAUCAUUCAGAACAAAUUAUGGAAUGAAAAGAUUGAUUAGAAAUGCUCAUUUUUUGAAAGAACUUGAUAUUAUUGAGGUGACUAUGACCUCUAAACACUUUUCUAGUGUACUCCUAUGUGGAGUUUAUUUAGAAAGAUUGGUUCUGCAGAAAUGAAAAGUUAGUGGACCCAAACUAACCUUCACAGCUAAUAGUUCCUCUUGAUUAAGAAAUAUUUUUAUUAAAUGGGGCUAUAGAAUAACUCCUCCAGAUGUUGUCAAGAAUGCCCCUGAUUACCUUGACAACUUCUUAUGGCAUAUCAACCAGUGUCCUUGCUCUGAGACUUUGGAUAAAGUUACGAUCCAAGGUAGUUUAGUUGAUAGAGAGUCUAAAGCUAUCAUCAAGGAAGAAUACCAGAAUUUAAGCUUCAGAUUUACUAUAUAUUAAGGUCUUGUGCAA